CCCCGGCACCCGCGCCUGUCCGGGGCAGCUCCCCGGCGCGGGCCCCGAGCCGCGGCCAGCGCGGCCGUGGUGCGGCGGCCGCAGGUCCUGCCCGUCCCGGGCCGCCCCGGCCUGCGCUCCGCCGGGCGGGCAGCCCCGGCUGCGGGGCCCAGCCCCUUUGCCCUUCCUCUGGCUGGGGGGGCUUGGCGAGCUGCGUGACGGGGUCGCCAGCCGGGCCGGGGCCGCCGGGCGGCGAAUUCCCCCCUUCCGCAGCGAGUCUGGUGGCCGUGGGGGUGCCAGGGCUGGCCGGCUCCUCCCGGGGAAGGGGCGCAACAGGCCUCGAGUCGCUCAGUCGCGACGGACGCGAGAAAAGGCGUUGGGAGCCGCCCGGUCGUAGUUUACCCCUCGUAUGCUCUUGUGGCUUCAGACCUACGAAAAGUCCUCAAUCCUGGCUUUGUCAGGGACCGCUUUCCUGUCCGUUGAUGUGCUGCGGAUCUGCGCCAUGGAAAAGCAAGUGCUUGAACUGUCUGAAGAGCGAACGUUUCAGUACCAAGAUUCUCUGCCUUCCCUGCCAGUACCUCCUCUUGGUGAAUCUUUAAGUAAAUACCUUGAUUCAGUGAAGCCAUUUCUAAGUCAAGAAGAAUAUCAAAGAACUGAGAAUAUAGUUAAAAAAUUUGAAAAUGGGAUUGGGAAAGAGUUGCAUCAGAAAUUACUUGAAAGAGCUAAAACGCGGAGGAAUUGGCUGGAAGACUGGUGGCUGAAUGUGGCUUACCUUGAUCUUCGCAUACCAACACAAAUAUACUGUAAUAUCGGAGGCCCCUCUCCCUUUAUUGAGCACUGCUGGCCAGUCAAAGAGGGCACUCAGAUAGAAAGAGCGUGUGUAAAUAUAUGGCACACCCUGCAGUUCUGGGAUCUAUUACGAACAGAGAAGGUGCCUAUAGAGAGAUCUGGGGAUGCUGUUCUGGACAUGAGCCAAUUCCGGAAUGUCUUCUGCACUUGCAAAAUUCCUGGAGUUACCAGAGACUCAAUCAGCAGUCAUUUUAAAACUGAGACUGAAGGUGAAUGCCCAUCUCACUUAAUAGUGCUGUGUCGAGGUCGAGUGUUUGCAUUUGAUGCUAUACAUGAAGGCAAUAUGAUGACUCCUCCAGAGAUAUUCAGGCAACUUGCAUAUAUCCAGAAAAGAUGCCAGAGUGAACCAGAUGGACCGGGACUGGCAGCCCUAACAAGCAAUGACAGGACAAAAUGGGCAGAGUUACGUCAGUAUUUGAUUGAUCUUGAUCCAAAGAACUUAACUCUUCUGGAAAAAAUUCAGAAAAGUUUGUUUGUGGUCAGCCUGGAUGAUGCUAGUCCCCAUGCAACUCCUGAAGACUAUUCUGAGGUUACAAGGCUGGGGCUAACAGGUGAUCUGACUGUACGCUGGGGAGAUAAAUCCUACAAUAGCAUUUUCUUUUCCAAUGGAACCUCUAGCGCAUUCUGUGAUCAUGCUCCUUUUGAUGCCAUGGUUUUAAUUACCAUGUUGUCUUAUAUCGAAAAGAAGAUUCUUGAGAAUGAGGGAAAAUGGAAGGGUUCGGAUAACGUGAGGGAUAUUCCGUGGCCAGAGGAACUUGUAUUCACAGUGGAUCAAAAACUUAAAAAUGAAAUUGGACUUACAAAAGAAUUGUAUUAUAAAAAGGUAUCUGACUUGGAGCUAGUGAAUUAUGCCUUCACAUCCUUUGGCAAGGCAUUGAUUAAGAAGAAGAAACUUCAUCCCGAUACAUUUGUGCAGCUUGCCCUUCAGAUGGCUUUUUACAAAUGUCAUGGACGCCCGGGCUGCUGUUACGAGACGGCCAUGACCAGGCGCUUCUAUCACGGCCGCACAGAGACCGUAAGAUCUUGCACUAUGGAAGCAGUGGAGUGGUGCAAGUCCAUGCUGGAUCCUUCUGACAGUACAUACCAACGAAUACAGCUGAUGCAUAAGGCCUUUGCAAAGCACAACAAAAUGAGGAAAGAAUGUGAGAAUGGAAAAGGCUUUGAUCGUCAUCUUCUUGGCCUCCUCCUCAUAGCACAGGAGCAGGGACUGCCAGUGCCAGAACUUUAUGUGGAUAAGGCCUUCACAGCUAGUGGAGGAGGUGGGAAUUUUGUUCUUUCAACUAGUCUGACUGGCUACACUAAGUUCAAUGGAUCUGCACUGCCUAUGGUACAUCAUGGAUAUGGGUUUUUUUAUUCAAUCAGAGAUGACAGGAUCCUUGCUACCUGUUCUUCUUGGAAGUCGUGUCCGGAGACUGACGCGAAAGUGUUGUGCAGAACUGUGUUCCAGUGUUUUCAUGACAUGCUACAGUUAACAGUUGCAGCUCAGCUGUAAGGUUGAAAAUUAUGUAAAAGCCUUUGCAAGCUCUUGAUUUAUCUGUAGUACUUACAAAUGAAAUGUUACUCAAUAAUACUGUUAUACUCGAGUUAGGACAGUUAACGAUCUAUUUGAAGUCUGCCUGUUUUUAUGGGAUGUACUGUGAUAGUGGUAUCCAAGUAAGAGUAGUGUAGCCAUUUGCAACAACAAUGCAAGCAGUAGUACCUUAUCUGUGUAGAACUAUGCAAUAUUAAAAUAUGCCUCAACAAUGCAAAAAAUGUUGGAAGUGGAGAAUUUAUGGGAGAUUUGUAUUUAUGAUCUUAGUAGUAGCACACAGAAUACUUUGUAGUCUACUGAUGUUUAUGCUGGUGGAGCACUUAAUUGUGUACUUAAGAGUAACCACACUAUUCUCUUAGGUGGUUGUUUCCUAUUCAUAGUGGUUUAUGAAAUAGAAGGGCUGCCUCCAUCAGACUGUGUGCUAUUUUGUAAGUAUCUUUAUUUUUUGCCCUUGGAGUGAUGCCAAAUAAACAUAACCGUGAAUAGGGACGUUCCCACUACAUCUGUAGUAUGAGAGCACUACACUCUGAAGUAUUUUGAAAAAGGAGUUCUGAAUAAUAAAGACAGAAAGCAGCAUAUGAGUUCUCUUCUAGUGAACUGGGAAUUUCUGCUGCUUCACAGUAAUAAUACAAAAUAAAAGUAUGCACUGAAUGCAGUUUGAUACUAUUCUCAGGAUUUUAAGACUUGAUUCGUCUGUUUGAGCAGCUCUGUAUUUUCCUGUCCUAGAAAUAAAAUUAUUUUAAAAAUCA